ACCUCGAACUAAUGGUUUACCAUUCUAAUUUCAACCGUCUUCCGGGAAACCUCAGGCCAACCUGAUACUUCUGUCUUUUUAAUCUAACAUUGAAUAAUAUGCUAGCAUGUUAUUCGUGCAAAACAACCCAGUCUUUGUCUCGUGUCUGCAAUGUGGGCGGGCAGUGGGUGAAAAAGACGUUGAUGAAACAGUCCGUGAUUUGGACGAGGAAGAUGAUGAUGAUGGUUGGUUAGAAUAUGAUGAAGAGGUUGAGAUGGGACACCAAGGAGCAAAAUGUCUGUUCUGUCAGGCAAUGCUGCCCUCUGUUGAGGAGGUGCUUUUCAAGCACUCUAUGGACGUUCACAGAUUUGACAUCAGGGAAAUCAAGAGGAAGCAUGAUAUGGAUUGCAUUGCCUACAUCAAAUUCAUCAACUUUAUUCGAGCAAAGAAUGUUUCAAGUUCUGACAUCAAUGCUGUUAGUUCUACUAGUGAUGCACCCUGGGACUGUGACGAUUAUAUGAGGCCCAUACUAAGUAACGAUUCACUCCUUCUGUUCGACAUAGAAUCUUUAGAGGACCCAGAUCAGCCCAAUCCUUCCCAGGCAGACACUCAGGACAACCUCACAGAGGUUAGGAUACCAGCCAGCAAAUACCAGGCUCUGCUACGGAGACUACAGUCCGCCGAGCAGAGGGCUACACUCGCCGAGGAGUCUCUGUCCAGGGCGUUGCAGGACCUUAACAUGGCCAAGGACUUUGCACAGAAACUUGUUGCCUCCCCACUGUCAGUUGGAGAGGGUUACCCUUCGCCCAUCUCGGGGAAGACUCAUCAAGAAGAUCAGUGCUACUUUGAUUCCUACGCCCAUUACAGCAUCCACGAAGAGAUGCUGAAAGACAGAGUUCGAACAGAGAGCUACCGGGACUUCAUCUACGACAAUCAGCACAUCUUCAAGAACAAGGUUGUUCUGGAUGUCGGUUGCGGUACUGGUAUUCUCUCCAUGUUUGCCGCCAGGGCGGGGGCCAAGCAGGUGAUAGGAGUCGACCAAUCAGAAAUCAUUUACCAGGCCAUGGAUAUUGUCAGGCAAAAUAAACUUGAUGAUACCAUCAGUCUGAUAAAGGGCCGCAUGGAAGACAUCAGCAUCCCCGUUGAUAAGGUUGAUGUGAUCAUAUCAGAAUGGAUGGGCUAUUUUCUCCUAUUUGAGUCAAUGCUAGACACGGUACUGUAUGCUAGAGACAAAUUCUUGACUGAAGGCGGCAUGGUAUAUCCCGAUCUUUGCACUCUGAGCGUGGUUGCCAUUAGCGACAGUGAGAGCCACGCCUCUCACGUUGCCUUCUGGGAUGGGGUGUAUGGCUUCAAGAUGACAUGUAUGAAGUCUUGCGUCUUGGAGGAGACCUCUGUGGAUUACGUCUGUCCGGAGAAGGUCAUGUCUGAUGCGGCAAUGGUUAAGUGUUUGGAUGUGACAAGCGUGAACGUUAAAGAUUUAGAGUUUGUAACGGAGUUCAAACUGAAAGCAUCAAGAGACGGUGACUGCACUGCACUUGUUGGAUUUUUCGAUGUGAUUUUUGAGAAGAACUGCAAGAGGAUGGUCAUGUUUUCGACUGGUCCAAGCAGCCAGCACACGCACUGGAAACAGACUGUGUUUCUCCUGAGGAAGCCCAUUCCACUCAAGGAGGGAGAGGUUCUCUCAGGGAAAAUCAAGUGCCGGAGGGACCCCACAGACUUGCGAAGCCUGGUUGUGACCUUUGACCUGGAAGGAGAGAAGCUGAAGUACCUCGUGAGGUGAUCCAGGGAUGGUGUGGAGCAAGGGGUGUGUCCAGGGUGAUAGAGGAAUUAAUACAAGAGUUGUGAAAACCUUUCAGACAUUGGAAGAUGAAAUGCAACAAGUGAUAUUUGAUUAAAAUCAUACGUCGUCGUCACACUUCUGUCCUUGUGCCCACUUGCAUUACUUCAAGAAAAGCCAUAUCUGACUGAGUUGGCUUCUAAUGAACUUCCAAUGAAACAAAAAAAUGGACAAAAGUUGAAUUCACACCUGCGCACACCAGAACACUGUAUCAAUACCCUAUCACCUAAGCUAACGGGCCUUAUCAAUUAUCUCCAUUAUUGCCAAGGUUUUUUAGUCAUGGAUCACUUGUCAUGAGCCAUACUUAAGCCUUUAGAUGUGACCAAAAGAAGUAAGGCAGUGGUGUAGCCUAAAUGUGCAAAAGGCUAAUUGAUAUAUUGCGAUUUUAAUGAAUUCCACUCUUUUUAAUUAAGGUAUUGCAAUUAAAUGAACUUUUUUGGAGAAUCCGAAACAGGUAGGUAUUCAAAUUUAACAAUUUAAUUAACCCUAACCCCUUAGGGUUGUAUGUAAAAUCAUAUUGAAAUUAGAGGAUUAUGGACUGUCAGGGUUUUGUGUUUGAAAUAUCUAUUACAGUUCUUGUAAGCAUUUGAAGGAAUUGUCCAAACUUCAGAAUUGUCAUAAUUGACAUAACUGUCUUAAUUUCCUUCUCCAUUAAUCUGAGUUGUAUGAAUUAAACUUAUUCAAUGUGUCAGAGACAACAACCGGGAC